CUAUCUCUUUAAUCUUGUAAAUCAACCAUUUUAUGAUUUUCACACCUUAAUAUCUCUUGUGAUAGUAGCAUUUUAUGAUUUUGACACAUUUAUAUCUCUUUUGAUCUUCCAAAUCUACCUUUCUAUGAUUUCAUUCUCAUCUAAACAAAAAGAAAUUUUUCCUCAAAAAUAAAUAAAAAAUAAUAAAAUAAAUAAAUCAGAAAACAAGAAGAAAAUAAUACCCGGCCCAACUUACACACAAACCGGGCGCCGCUCACCAACUCAGAUCACCUCUCCAAUAAACCCUCUUUUUUUCUUUUUUUUCCCUCUUUUUCUUUUGUUUUUAGUCAGAAAAAAAAAAUAAUAAAAAUUCAAACGUCUCUCAGAAAAAUAUAGCCGUUGGGACCCGUGUGAAACAAAAACCCUAAUUGCUAUAUAAAGCCCCAAAUUCAACCAUCAUAAUUACAAAUAAUCAAUCUGCUCUCUCUAUCUCUCUCUAUUUGCGCUGCGAUCUUAUAAUUCUCUCUCUAAUUAGCUGAUUUCCUCUCUCUUUACAAGCUAACAAUUUUUUGCAGGAAAUUUGGUUUCAUUUCUUCAAUUCAUUUCCAUUAUUGUGUUGUUAUAGCUAUUAUCUUUUGUUUGUUGUUUGUGUUCUGGUUUGUUUUGCUGUAAUUGUUUUGCAGAAAUUCUUUCUAGAUGAAUCCCAGAAGUGCUUUCCAAGAAAUCGCCCUUCCCAGGAAAAAUUCCAAAGAAAAUUUGGACAGGUUCAUUCCCAACAGAUCAGCUAUGGAUUUCGAUUACGCCCACUACAUGCUGACCGAGAAGAAAGGUAAGGAGAACCCGGCUACGAGCUCGCCUUCGAAGGAGGCGUAUCAGAAGCAGCUGAGGGAGGUGUUCAACAUGAACAGGACAAGGAUUCUUGCUUUCAAGAACAAGCCACCUGCUCCAGUUGAGUUCAUGCCCCAGGAGUAUGCUUCUGUCCAGCAAUCGAAGCCCGUUAAGCCUCGCAGGCACAUCCCUCAGACUUCAGAGCGUACAUUGGAUGCCCCCGAUCUGUUGGACGACUACUACUUGAAUUUGUUGGAUUGGGGUAGCAGCAAUGUUCUUGCAAUAGCUCUUGGAACCACAGUGUACCUUUGGGAUGCGUCUAGUGGGUCUACUUCAGAACUGGUUACAGUUGAUGAUGACAAGGGUCCUGUAACCAGUGUGAACUGGGCUCCUGAUGGUCGUCACAUUGCCGUUGGCUUGAACGAUUCCGAAGUUCAGCUGUGGGAUUCGACAUCCAACCGGCAGUUGAGGACUUUGAAAGGAGGCCACCGAGCUCGUGUUGGGUCACUAGCAUGGAACAAUCACAUCCUCACCACUGGAUCGAUGGACGGGAAAAUUGUGAACAACGAUGUGAGGAUUAGAGACCAUGUUGUGGAGACCUACAGAGGACACCAGCAAGAGGUUUGUGGCCUUAAAUGGUCAGCUUCAGGCCAACAGCUUGCUAGUGGAGGCAAUGACAACAUCCUUCACAUCUGGGACAGAUCGAUGGCGUCUUCGAAUUCUGCUACUCAGUGGCUACACAGGCUCGAGGACCACACCGCUGCAGUGAAAGCCCUAGCUUGGUGCCCCUUCCAGGGUAAUUUGCUGGCUUCUGGUGGCGGUGGGGGUGACCGAUGCAUCAAGUUCUGGAACACCCACACUGGUGCUUGCUUGAACUCAGUUGACACCGGAUCCCAGGUCUGCUCUUUAAUGUGGAGUAAGAAUGAGCGCGAGCUGCUGAGCUCCCACGGUUUCACUCAGAACCAGUUGACCUUAUGGAAAUAUCCUUCUAUGGUGAAGAUGGCUGAACUUACUGGCCAUACAUCCAGAGUUCUUUUCAUGGCUCAGAGUCCUGAUGGUUGCACAGUGGCUUCUGCUGCAGGAGACGAGACUUUGAGAUUCUGGAAUGUAUUUGGUACUCCUGAAGUUGCUAAACCUGCACCAAAAGCUGCUCCUGAGCCAUUCGCCCACGUAAACCGAAUUCGUUGAUCAACUUACUACCCACCCCUAAGGGAAGACAAUCUGCAGUUUAGCUCUGUAUAUUUGUGAUUUUUAUCUGCUCUUGUGAAAUGAUUGCAUUUUGUUGGUAAAUACUGAAUAGGAGCAUUGGCUGUAUGCCUGUAUCUGAUUCGAGAUGAUGUAAAUAAAAUACUUCGAAUACUUUUUUAUAUAUACCUGUAAUUAAGUGUUGAGUGCUGUGCUCAACAGUUUUGUUGAUAGUUCACAUAUAAAUGAAGUUUUGUUUUCU